ACUAUAAAAGCAUGAAGGUGCGGGAUCAUCGAUAUCAGUCGCACAGUUGCGUUUAUCCUAGCUUGACCUAAUCCUAAGUCAAUUGACAUCCAAAUCAACGAAAAUGUUCAAACUGGUUGUGAUCUCCGCCCUGGUUGCCCUGGCCGUCGCCCAGGAUCCCAAAGACACACAGGCCCAGAUCGUGGCUCAGGAUGCCAUCAUCAACCCGGACGGUUCCUACCAGAACCGUUUCGAAACUAGCAACGGAAUCAACGCCCAGGAGAGCGGAGUCGGAGCCCAAUCCGCCAAGGGAAGCUAUUCCUUCACUGGCACUGAUGGCGCUCAGUACACCGUCGAGUACGUUGCCGAUGAGAACGGAUAUCAGCCACGCGGUGCCCAUCUGCCCGCUGAACAGCCAGCUCCCGAAUACGUCCUGAAGGGUCUGGAACAGAUCCGUUCCAACCCACCACGUGAUGACCCCAACUUCAACCUGGAUGCUCUCAACGCUGCCAUCGCCCGACUGAGCGGCAAGAAGUAAAUUGAUUCGUGACGUGAGCUGUGUGAAUGCGUAGUUACCGAUCCCGAUUAGUUACUCCUGAUAAUGCGACAAUCAUGAAACAAGCAAAAAACACACAGCGCUACCAACCUACCACUGUUGUAAAUAGGAUUUAGAACUGUUACCGUUUCCUCGCCACGAUUCACUCCUGUUUCAUUAAGUCUGUUAACAUUUGCCCCAAUUUUGACGUAUGCCAGUAGAAAACAAGUGAAUCUGCCGAAAGGUAGCCGGGCAGAGAGUUGUUGUUUUUAGUUAAGCAUCACUGCCAUUUGUUUGUAUAUAGUGCGAUGUGUCGUCGAUAACCGUGAAUAAAAUCGAAACGAAGUCAUUUUUUUA